AUGGGCGAGUCGCUCAUUCCCGAGGAUGAUGCCGUUGUACCUGUCGCAAUUGUCGGAACGGCCUGCCGCUUCCCUGGAGACGGUGAUAAUGUCGAGUCGCUAUUGCAAAUGCUAAGAGAGGGUGGCGAUGCGUGGGCAGAGUUCCCUCGCGACCGUCUCAACAUCGAUGGCUUUUACCACCCAAGUGGGCAACGUCAGGGCUCCAUCGGCUUCAGGGGAGCUCACUUCCUUAAGGAUGACAUCAAAGGCUUUGAUGCUGCUUUCUUCAACAUUUCUCAGGCUGAAGCACAUGCGAUCGACCCACAGCAGCGCAUCUUGCUCGAGGUCACGUACCAGGCACUGGAGAAUGCUGGGUAUACCAAAGAUUCGCUAGAUCUGAGUGAGACUUCUGUCAAUGUCGGAACAUUCGUGAAGGACUACGAGCAAAUCAUCCUACGAGACCCGAAUUGGGCGCCUCAGUAUGCGGCCACCGGGACAGGUGCGGCGAUGCUUUCCAACCGCAUCUCGUACCAAUUCAACCUUCGAGGGCCUAGCCAGACCGUGGACACAGGAUGCAGCGCGGGCCUGGUUGCUGUGCACAACUGCUGUCAGGACCUGCGGACCGGGAGAGCCACCGUAGCUAUCGCUGCAGGAGUUGGCUUGAUCUUGACCCCCGCCACCAUGAUGCCCAUGACAGCGCUCAACUUCCUCGGCAAGAGUGGCAAGUGCUUCACGUUUACGAACAAGGCCGAGGGAUACGGCCGUGGUGAGGGCGUCGGCGUGGUCAUACUGAAGCGCCUUGAUGAUGCGAUACGCGACAAUGACACGAUUCGCGCCGUAAUCCGUGGAUCUCGCGUCAAUCAGGAUGGCAAGACCCCAGGCAUCACCAUGCCCAGCUCCGAUGCCCAGCUUUCCAACAUCAAGGCGGUGUACCAGGAGGCCGGGCUGGAUGUCGACCAGACCGGCUAUGUCGAAUGCCACGGCACCGGCACCCCGGCCGGCGACCCGAAAGAGUGCUUUGCCGUUUCCCGGGCGUUCUGUGGAGGUCGCAACGCCGACAAUCCCAUCCUCGUCGGCUCGAUCAAGCCCAACAUUGGCCACCUCGAGGGCGCGGCGGGAAUAGCCGGUCUGAUCAAGGCAGUGCUGGCCGUUGAGCGAGGGCAGAUCCCAAAGAACCUCUAUUUUGACCCCUCGACCGGGAAUCCAGACAUCAAGUUCGACGAGUGGAAGAUCAAGGUCCCCACGUCACUCACCGACUGGCCAUUGAGUGGACUCCGCCGUGCAAGCGUCAAUUGCUUUGGCUUCGGAGGUACGAAUGCCCAUGUCAUCCUCGACGAUGCGGGCUCGUAUCUUGCCGAACGUUGUCUGCCCGGCAAGCACCGUUCUCUGCCCACCGCGGUCUCGGCUGGUCCUGCUGCCUCCAAGACCUUUGCUUCCACCCAGCUCGUCCUCGUCUCAUCCCACGAGAGAGAUGGAAUUGCUAGAGUUGCCUCAGGGCACGUGCCAUAUGUUGCAGAUCACGCUUCAGAACCCAACCUGCUGGCAGAUUACGCAUACACAUCUUCACGCCGCUCAGCCCUCGAGUUCAAGGCCUGCUUGGUUGCACGAUCUGCGACUGACCUCCAGCAGCAGCUCGCCAGUCCAGGACGCCUCAAUGUCCAACGUUUUCUCCCCUCCGACGAUGCGGCUCCAACCUUCGUUUCGGUUUUCUGCGGCCAAGGCGCACAGUGGUACGCCAUGGGCCGCGAGCUGCUGGAAUUCGAGCCUUUUAGCAGCAGCCUGGUUGCGGCCUCCAAGUAUCUUUUCAAGAUCGUGGACGGUGGUUUCGAUCUUCUGAAGGAGCUGAUGCACGAGUCUCCCCGCUCGAGUCGCAUCAACGAGCCUAGUGUUGCACAACCAGCCACCACUGCGAUUCAGAUUGCCCUCCUUGACUUGCUGAAGGCAUCCGGCAUGCUCCCCACAGCCGUGGUCGGUCACUCGUCUGGGGAGAUCGCUGCCGCAUAUGCCUCUGGAUACCUGACUAGAGAGGAUGCUUGGACCAUCGCUUUUCGACGCGGCGAGUAUGCGCAAUCUCUGCAAUACUCACAUCCGAAGGCCGAGGGGCUCAUGAUGGCCGUUGGCCUAUCUGCUCCAGAUGUAGAGGAAUACAUCCGCCGGGUUCCAGUUGGCACUGUCGCCGUUGCUUGUGAGAACAGCCCGGUCUCGGUCACUCUGUCUGGGGACAAGGCACAAAUCCUCUAUCUUGCACAAGAGAUGGACGAGGACGGGGUCUACCACCGAGUACUGGUUGUCUCGACUGCCUAUCAUUCCCACCACAUGCGCCUGAUCGCACAGAGCUACCAGCAGUCUAUAGAAGGAGUGAGGCCAAUCCUCAGUGCGCAGGGCCCACGAAUGUUCUCAUCCGUCACCGGUCGAGAGAUUUCUGCGCUGCAAGUGGGCGCAGAGUACUGGUCCAAGAAUUUGACGUCCCCUGUGCUCUUCAGCCAGGCCUUCUCCAACAUGUACGCAGCUGUGAAGCCAAGGGUCGUACUCGAGGUCAGUCCUGCUAUCACACUAGCCAGGCCCAUCCGGGAGAUUGUCGCUUCUCUCACUAUGGGUAAAGCUACACCAGAGCUCCCUCACAUUCCGUUUCUGAAGCGAAACGAGCACGCUUCUGUCUCCGCUCUAAAGGCCCUUGGCGAUCUAUGGGCACGCGGUUGCCCUGCCGACUUUUCGUGGGUAUAUAGAAGCAAGGAGGGCCCCUUGCCACAGCUUCUUGUUGAUCUUCCUCCAUAUCCCUUUAAUCACUCCAAGAAAUAUUGGUUUGAAUCACACCUAGGCACAGCCCUCCGUGAACGGAGUCAUGGCCGUGAGGAUCUGAUCGGCGCUCCCUUGGCUGAAUCCACCCCUCAGAGCUCUCGUUGGCGUGGCUUUCUGAGGCUGGAGGAGAAUCCAUGGUUGGCCGAUCAUAAAGUUCAAAAAGUCAUCAUUUACCCGGCUGCCGGUCUGGUCACCAUGGCUUUGGAAGCUGCAAGGCAAUGCAGCGUCCCUUCAUUGCGAGUAGAUUCCUAUCGAAUCUCCAAUUUCCUCAUCAUGAAGCCAGUCGUGAUUCCAGCAAGCCAGCACGGCCUGGAGCACAUGCUCACCACGAAGGCUUUGAAGACCCCGCCGCCAGAUGCCACCAAGGGCACCGCUGCCUACUCUUUCUCGAUUGAGACGAGGACUGAGCAUGGGCCGUGGCAGGAGAACGCAAACGGUCUGAUCAACAUUACCUAUGGCGGGAAAUCAGAAGACGAGGCCAUGACUGAUAGCAUUCGGUGUCGAGAUUAUCGAGACAUAUACUGGAGACUACACUCCGAGUGCUCGCAGGAAAUCAGCGCAAACUGCCUGUACGAGAGGCUAGAUGGAAUCGGUAUGAACUAUGGACCACUCUUCCAGAACGUCGUCUCUUUAACGAGGAGUAAGCACUCGUGCACCAGCAUCGUUCGCAUUCCCGACACCAAGUCUAAAAUGCCAGCACACUUCGAAUAUGAUCACCUCAUUCAUCCAGCUACCCUCGAUGCCAUGUUCCAAACGACAUUCGCUAUUGGCGACGAAACAAUGGUCCCGUCUCGCAUCCGGCAGAUCUACUUUUCGCCCGACAUGUUGAAGGGGGCUGGCGCAGAGUUCCAUGGGUACGCCACCGCUCAGCGUAAGGGCUUCCGUGAAGCCGUGGCCGACAUUGUGAUGUCGGAUGCCAUAUUCAGCAGGCCCAUGGUUGUUGUGGACGGCAUGGAGUCCAUAAAAUUGGCAUCUUUGGGUGCAUCUGGAUUCUUGCCAAGCAACCGGCACCUUUGCAGUGAACUCGUUUGGCGGGAACUGUGUCCUGUUUUCUCCGGCAUCCAUGAAAUGCCAAUCCCCGACAGUAUCCCUCUGGUAGUCCUACUUCCAGACGGUGAUAUCUCUGAUGAGACCAACAGCUUGUCACAGGCCCUGGCCGCUCCCAACGUGGAGCAUGUUCGGCUGUCUCAACUGACUCCACAGCACGCGAGCCAACACUGCAUCUCUCUUGUCGAGAUGGAUCAAGCUAUCAUCUACAAUAUGUCUCACGCUACUUUUGAUCAGAUAAAACUCAUCCUUGGGGCUACGCCUGGUCUUCUUUGGGUCACAGCUGGUGCUCAGGACACCACAGAGAUGCCGCUUCUCGCUCCUUUCCAGGGGUUGGCCAGGACUAUUCGCUCCGAAGAUUCUUCCAAACACAUUGUCAGCCUGGAUAUCGGUGGAAUCCGGAACGGAUAUGACACAGCUGUAGCCACAGCUGCCAUUCAUGUCAUUUUCGACGGUUUUUAUAACCAGACCGACAAGGUUGAGUUGCCUGAAGUCGAAUACUCUCUUCGUGACAGCAAGCUCUUCGCAGCUAGACUCCAUCCACUUGACGCCAUCAAUUCGGUAAUCGAGAAUGGUCAUGAUCAAGCGUUACGCGUGGAGACUCUGGCUUUUGGAAAGCUCGCCCAGCCGCUGAAAUUCAAGUUGGCGCCAAGUACACGUACAACAAGCACGCUCUUUGAAGUUAACGACGCUGCCAAGCAGCCCCUUGGCCCGUACGAUGUUUGCAUCGCCGUUCAAAGCACAAAUCUCUAUCAAGUUGAUCUCGACACGAGUUUGGGUCGAAUCAGCGGGAGCAGCUUAGGUCUGAGCCGGCAGUACGGCCUGCCACUGGAGCACACCAUUGAUAUGAGCGAUGGAGACUUGUCUGGGCGGCUCAUGCACCUCACAGAAGGUAACGGUGUGGACUGUGUGUUCUCGCCGACGACGGAGCACGUAGACCAGAGCGCACAGUGCGUUAGAGACAACGGCCACAUAUUCCUCGUCAGUAAUACCACUCUGACAAAGGUGCCUAUUACUACACAAUAUGACAAUGUCUCGAUCCACAAAUUCGACCUAUUUGAAGUCGCAAAGAAGCGACCCAGGGUCAUCGCAAAGGCGUGGGAGGAAGUACUCGAGCUCGUCCUGGAGGAUCGCCUCGGUCCUCCAUCUCCGAGUCUCACCCGUGAGGAGCCACUGGAUCAUCUUGACCGGCUUUGGGAUUCCAUGGCGGCAAACCCCGGCCGCUACCUAAACACCCUUCAUUUCACUCCCGGAUCCCAUGUCCGAGUCAGCACGAACCCUCUUGCUCCUGUGGUCCUGCAGCCGGAUGCGACCUACCUCCUCGUUGGUGGCCUGGGUGGUCUAGGCAAGGCUGUUGCCGGCCUAAUGGCUGACCGCGGCGCACGUCACCUCAUCUUUGUUUCUCGUUCAGGUGCGAGCACAUUUGGACACUACGAUUUCUUGUCCUCAAUGUCACAACGCGGUGUCAGAACUAUGGUGUUCCCUGUCGAUGUAUGUGACGAGAACGACCUUCGUCAAGCCCUUGCGAGCACCGAUAUGCCGCCUAUCAAGGGUGCCGUCCAGUGCGCUGCUGUGGUGGCUGAUGCGAUGUGGGAGAAUAUGUCGUACGGAGAUUGGACAGCGGCCACUCGCCCGAAGAUGAUCGGUUCGUGGAACCUUCACACUGUACUGCCUGAUGACAUGGACUUUCUGGUCUUCUUGUCUUCCGCCUCCGGCGUGAUUGGCAACCGAGGUCAGGCAAAUUACGCGGCGGGCAACUGUUUCCAAGACGCCUUGGCCCGCCAUCGCACGUCUCUAGGCCACAAGAACUCUGUUUCUCUUGAUCUUGGUCCCGUCAUAGGUGCUGGAAUGUUGGAAGAUGACGAGAAGACCCUCGCUAUACUCAAGGCCAGUGGUUUCUUCACGGUUUCCCUAGAGAACUUCCUGUUCCUUGUGGAGCGGGCCAUGGCCGGCUGUACCAGCGACGCUCUCCGGUUACCCGCGCAGGUUGUCACUGGCGUGGGAACUGGCGGUCUGAUCCGCCAAAACGAGGUCGCUGACCCCUUCUGGGCUGAGACCAAGAUGUUUGAGGUCCUGAAUCAGCUCGACCUUCCAAAGCUGCAUUUGGACUCUUCCGGAAGUACGACACUAGGUUCUUCAAUCUCCGCGGGUGUCUCCUCGCAAAAUAGUGGCAAGGCUUUAGUUACGGCACUCACUUCAGCCAACUCCUUGGAUGAUGCUGCCAAUAUCGCCCUAUCUGGCUGCGUGGAGUACCUCUCCUUCUCUCUAGGCAUGUCUCCGAAUGACAUGGACGUGGACAAGUCUCUUACCGCCUACGGUGUCGACUCCCUCGUCACAUCAUCCUUCCGCAGCUGGGUCUUCAAGAACACAGGCGUGAAGGUCAGCGAUAUGGAGGUCAUUGGUGCCGCGUCGAUCACGGAGAUGGCGCGGUCCAUCGCCGAGAAGGGUUGUUUUGGUGCCUAG